AUGAUAACUUUAUCCUGCGAAAUUAACAAAGUACCAGUUACAGCUAUAUUAGAUUCCGGUGCUAAUUGUAAUAUUGUAGCUGAGGAGUUAAUAAAUGAAUUAGGUUUAGAAGUCGAUGAUAUCUCUGAUGUAGGAAUAUACACACCCAUUGGCAAACUCGAUGUAGUAGGAGUAAUUCGUGAAAUCCCUAUUUCAAUCCCGUCUCAGGGCCCUAAAUGGAAACAAGUAAAAGUUACCGAUAUUUUUGUUGUUAGUAUUCCUGAACGUGUACUGAUGUUAGGGAACUCAUGGUUUAAUGAUAAUGCAAUGAAAGUGGACUUCCCAAAUAAAACUCUUACAUUGCUCGAUGGAACUAGUUAUGAGAAAUCCAUCGAUCCCUCUAUCCUGCUUUAUUUGUCAACCACCUUUGGUAUCACUGCGGUGCUCCUAUUCUAUGGCGUCGCAUUGAGUUUUUCAAUGGAGAUUAUCAGCAGAGCCGGCAUGCCCUAA